AUGGAAUCGACAAAAACGACAGCGUUCGGAACAAGAGAUGUCGCUUCCCCAGAAGACGAGAAAGAUGGGACACUGGUCGAUCAAGAUGACAUGCGUCGCAUGGGGAAAAAGCAGCAAUUCAAGAGAAACAUGCGACCUCUUGCAGCAUGGAGUUUUGCAUUAGUCUUGCAAGCGACCUGGGAAUAUCUAAUAACUUCGGACAACACAGGAUUACAGGACGGUGGUCUAGCAGGGUUGUUCUGGUCAUAUAUCUUCACUUUCGUUGGAUUUAGCUUCAUCAUCGCCUCGCUGGCAGAGAUGGCAUCAAUGGCGCCAACUGAUGGAGGACAGUACCAUUGGGUCUCGGAGUUCUGCCCGCGCCGGUACCAGAAGUUUGCAAGCUACGUAACCGGCUGGAUAUCAGUUUUGGCGUGGCAAGCAGGAACAGCCUCAGGCCCCUAUCUCGUAGGCACUAUUAUUGAAGGGCUCAUUAGUGUCCGUAAUCCAGACUUCGCUGCCCCAGGCUGGGUUGGCACGCUGCUCAUUUUCUUGGUGGUUCUGGUGACAUAUGUUGUCAAUAUGUAUGGCUCGAAACUAAUGCCAAUUUUGAGCAACUUCUUGAUAGUCCUCCAUGUCCUACCCUGGGCCGCGAUCCUGAUUGUUCUAUGGGCUAUAGCACCCCAUCAAUCCGCUAAAACGGCCUUCAUGGAUUUUGAGAAUUUUGGGGGGUUACCUGGUAUGGGAGUUAGUGUGUUGGUUGGGCAAAUUUCUGCCAUAUAUGGUUGCCUAAGCUCAGAUGCAUGUGCGCAUAUGUCCGAACAGAUUAAAGAUGCCGGUCAUAAUGUGCCAAAGGCUAUGUUUUGGGGGUACAUUAUGAAUGGUAUUAUGGCUCUCGUUCUGCUAAUCGCAAACAACUUCGCGACUCCCUCUGUUGAGGACUCUCUGAACGAUGUGACUGGCUUCCCCUUCCUUUACGUCUUCAAGCAGUUCACGUCUACUUCAGGAGUGAAUGCGCUUACGUCAAUCAUCCUACUACCCAUGAUUUUCAGCAAUAUCCUGUUCAACGCAGCCACAUCUCGGCAAACAUUUGCAUUCGCCCGCGAUAAGGGCCUCCCAUUCCAUCGGUGGAUUUCCAAAUACGACGAAGAGCGCAAUAUCCCCGGCAACGCUAUCGCUUUAUCUUGCAUCAUAACUUGCCUGCUUUCUCUCAUCAAUAUUGGCUCUACUACUGCAUUCAAUGCUAUAAUUUCCCUGAAUACGGCGGCAUUGAUGUUUACUUACACUAUUUCUAUUUCCUGUGUCAUCUACCGAAAGAUAUGGCUCCCUGAAACCCUUCCUCGUCGUCAUUGGGACUUGGGGCGCUGGGGACUGGUCGUCAAUAUUGUUGGCGUUUGCUAUUGCUCCUUCGCCUUGUUCUGGUCUUUCUGGCCGACCGAAAUGCCGGUCUUGGCUGACAACUUCAAUUGGAGUAUCGUGAUCUUUGGUGCAAUCUUUAUUCUCAGCCUGGUGAUGUAUGCUGUGAAAGGAAUGAAUGAAUAUGAGCCCCCAGUGGAGUCUGUUGACACCAAUGUGUCAUAA